AUGAGUUGUACUGAAAUAACGGAGCUCUCUCUGUGUUCCCGUAGAUCAAAGAGAGUUGUUCAAAGCGUCCGAUGUCCUGAGCCAGCUUAUAUUCAAAUCUACCUCCAUCGAAAGAAUAUGUCUAUUUUUAUCAUGAACAGAAAUCGCGCACAGUGCUCGUUUUGGACGGUUGCGAAGAGACGGGAAAAUGACUCUUUUAAAUAUCGGGUCGAUACAAUUGGUGGUGUGGAUGUUAGAAUUGCGAAACUUCACGAGUGGGGAUUUCAAAUUGAAGCUGUUGAAAAUCCAGAAAAACCGUUGAAAUUAGUUGUAGAUCACUUGAAAGAUGUAUUCAAACUACCGCUUGAAGUGGUUCUCAUGCCGGAUAAAAUCAAUGAUUUUCUCAGAUUUAUUCCCAUUUUCCCCGUAUGCAAAACUCUUUUUCUAAAUGGAGCUGAAGCAAUAACCAAAGAAGAAUUGAAAUAUAUCAAAGAUAAUGUUGUUGUUGAGAAGAGCAUCCGACACCCAGAGCCCACCCACAUUGAAAUAACCAUCUAUCGACGCCUGAUGUAUGUUUCCCUUGUGAAACGAUCCUUUGUCUGUUCAUUAUGGGCAAUUCAGGCGAAAGAUGGAAAAUGUCAACAUCUCUACCGCGACGAUGCUAUUGGAGGUGUUGCUGUCCGAGUUUUAAAACUCAGCCAGACAAGAUUCCGAAUUGACGCUCCCCAACAGCCGGAGAAUGCGAUGAAAGCUCUUGUAGAUCACUUGAAAGACGUGUUCAAACUACCGCUUACAGUGAUGUUCGAGCCAUUUGGAUUAGAGAAUUAUCGCAGAUUUCUUCCCAUUUUUCCAGUUUGUUAUCGUUUGUAUGUGUACAGUUCUGAUAAGAUAUCACAAGAGGAAUUGCAAUUUAUCAAAGAUAAUGUGGUUGUAGAGUGGGUGGCUGAGUAUCACACAUCCGACACUUGA